AUGGUCAGAGGUGUGUCCUAUAAAUAUUUGGUGAAUGGUCAGAUCAGUAGUGUUCUUCAAGCUAAAAGAGGGUUGAGACAGGGUGAUCCCAUCUCACCCCUCCUUUUUACCCUUGUGAUGGAAUAUCUGCAUAGACAUCUAGCAACUCUCAGAAAAGAGGAAGGUUUUAAAUUUCAUCCUAGGUGUGCUAAGCUAGGUAUUACCAACAUCUGUUUUGCAGAUGAUCUACUGCUGUUUGCAAGAGGAGAUGACAGAUCUAUCAGGCACUUGAUGGAAAAAUUUAAUCAGUUUUCAGAGGCAACUGGUCUAAAGGCAAACCCUGCUAAGUGUAAGAUAUAUUUUGGAGGUUUAAAGGAUCAAGAGCAAAGAGAGCUUGCAGCUACCAGCAAGUUUGGUGUGGGAUCCUUACCUUUCAAAUAUCUGGGAGUUCCUCUAACCACAAGGAAACUAACAGUGAACCAAUGCCAGCCUAUUAUUGACAAAAUGCUUGAAAAGAUACACCAUUGGUCUGCUCACUUACUCAGUUAUGCAGGGAGAAAACAACUGAUUCAAAGUACUUUAAUGGCUAUAGCUGGAUACUGGAUGCAAGCUUUCCCUCUCCCCAAAACAAUUAUCCAAAGAAUUGACACUAUUUGUAAGAAUUUCCUUUGGUCUGGCAGGUCUGUGGGGAGAAAGGCCUUGGUAUCUUGGGAUAAAGUGUGUCUCCCAUCUAGUGCAGGGGGUCUGAACCUGACUUAUUUGAGAGAUUGGAAUAAAGCAACUAUUCUGAAGCUCUUGUGGAACCUCCAUAUGAAGUCGGACAAGCUGUGGAUUAGGUGGAUUGGAGCUUAUUACCUGAAAGGGAGAAGCAUAAUGCAGUGGGAGCUUAAGCCUACUAGCUCAUGGAUACUAAAGAACAUAGCCAAAGCACGAGAAAUUACUAUGCAGAGUGAGUAUUGGAAGGAUAGUAUUCAGCAACGCAGAUUCAAUACUAAUGCUAUGUAUAAGGAUCUGCGAGGAAGACAUGAAAAUCAGUCCUGGAGAAAGCUUCUAAUCCAAAACUAUGCUAGGCCUCGAGCAUGUUUUACACUAUGGCUUGCUAUCCUAAACCGGCUCCCGUCUAAAGAUAGAUUGCUGAAGAUUAACAUCCAUACGGAUGGAAAAUGCAGUUUUUGUGGACUUUCUGAAAGUAUUGAACAUUUGUUUUUUCUAUGCAGCUUUACUAGUAAAAUCUGGAACUGUAUCAUGGGCUGGAUUGGCUACUCUCGAAACUGUAAGGGAUGGGAGGAGGAGAAGCAUUGGCUAGGCAUGGAAGCGGCAAAGAAAGGUUGGCGUCGAUGCCUUCUUAAACUAGCCAUUGCUGAAGUUGUUUAUCAUGUUUGGCAGUUGAGAAAUGAUAGAAUUUUUAAUAACAAGGAAUUGGAUGAUGAUAUUUUGCAUAGGAUCAGGCAGACCAUUAUUAUCAGAGCAAGUGCAAAGAGAGUGUUGAGAGCUCACAUGAAUUUGGAGAACAUGGUUAUUAGCUAA